AUGGCGAGGACUCCUCCAACAGAAAUGGAUAAUUCAUACAUGUUCCUCAUGGACUUACAUGGCAACAAAAUGGAAGACUGUGAGAUCAGAGUUAGGGUGGAGGCUGAUAGAACCCUUGUCAUUAGUUACAACACACCCGUUGUUACUUGCGAAGAUGGUGUUAAAUAUAUCUCCACGCAUAUAGAAAAGCUUGAUCUCCCUCAGAACGCAAACAUGGAUGCAAUCUCAGCUGUUUCUCAUAAUGGGGCUUUAUUAGUUAGUGUCAACAAGAAAGACAAGCCUGGUAGCUUGUUGUUCGUUCGUCUUCUACUUUUACGUAAUCUGCUUUCAUAUGUAUCUUAA